AUGAGCAUCGGAAGAGCAGCAGCCUCACGUGUGUGUGGCAAACCUGUAGGCCCCAUCGGAUUUGGAAUGAUGGGCUUGACCUUCCCUCCUCCGUUCCCCCAGUUUGAGCGCGAGCAUCAGACAAGCCUACUGAAAAAGGCAUUGGACCAGGGUGCCAACCUUUGGAAUGGAGGGCUUCACUAUGGCACGCCAGAAUCAAACUCGGUACACUUGCUGCGACACUACUUCGAGAAGUACCCCCAGGAUGCUGAGAAGGUUGUCCUCAACAUCAAAGGUGCCUACGACCGUUACACCGGACCAGCAGGAAGUCCGGAGGCUAUUCGCGCAUCUGUAGAACAAGCUCUCAAAGGGUUGGGAGGCGCAAAGGCGAUUGACAUAUUCGAGAUGGCCCGUGUCGAUCCCCGCACGCCCAUUGAGACUUCCAUCAAAGCCUUGGCUGAGCUGGUGAAAGAGGGCAAGAUUCGCGGUAUUGGCCUGUCCGAGGUCAACGCGAAUACCAUUCGCAAAGCUCACGCCGUGCAUCCCAUCGCAUCCGUAGAGAUUGAGUUGAGUUUGUUUACACCCGAUCCGCUCCACAAUGGCGUCGUGGACACAUGCCAUGAACUCGACAUCCCUGUCAUCGCGUACAGUCCAGUCGGACGAGGCUGGCUUACGGGCAAUUUCAAAAAGAUCGAUGAUCUGUUGCCAAAUGACUUUCGAGUUCAGAUGUUCGACCGCUUCAAGCCUGAAGUUUUCGAUCAAAACUACAAACUUGUCGAAGCCGUUGAGAAGGUCGCCCAUCGCAAAGGCCUCAAGACAUCGCAGGUCGCUAUCGCUUGGGUAGCGCGUCAAGGGGCGAUUCCUAUUCCUGGAUCCACCAAUAUCGAGCGUGCCACCAUGAACAGCAGGCUAUCAGAAUUGACCGACGAAGAUAUGGAGGAACUUUACAAGGCACAGCAGACCUUUCCCGUAGCAGUCGCUAUGGAUUCAUCGAAUGAAGAACUAGAAGACGCAACAGUCACUUCGCAGAACUCUACUCAUACACAUCAUGGAUCAUGCACAGUGUGUGCGAAGGCUAAGAGCAAAUGCAUAAGGCGUCCAGGAAACGGCGAUUGCGAGAGAUGUAUACGAUUGCACAAGACCUGCCAGAUUCGGGAGCCAGUGAAGCGCAAACGCAAGGCGAGAAAAACCACACGAUCUGCUCAAUUGCAAAAUCUUGAAACAAAGCUCGCAGACAUAGCUCAGGCGUUGGCCAUCAAACAAGCACAAGAAGUAUCUGCAGGAUCGAAUUCGCGGAGUCCUAUAUCACAGCAAAUGGACGCGUUAUAUCAGGAGAGCGAUGAUACGUAUCCAACACCACUGGUCAUAACGCCAAACAUUACGAGAUCUAACGACUUUCUGGCCUCUGCUCAUGACCCAACACUCGAGACAGUGAAUCCCGAACACGUGUCAACGGGGAUGAAUGCGACACAUACCGACGUCUUGCUCGAUCGCUAUCAGAGGCUCAUGGCGCCUCAUAUGCCUUUUGUGGUGAUUCCAAGUGGCAUCAACGCUUCUAGCUUGGCCAGUAGCAAGCCGUUUCUCUCAAAGGCUAUCGAGACGAUAGCUUUCUUUCAUGACACAGUAACCCAAAAGCACAUGGUGAAGGAUCUCAUGCAACAAGUCUCCGAGAGGAUGUUGAUCAAGGGCGAGAAGUCGCUGGAUCUACUCCAGGGUAAACACACCCACACAUUGCAUAUGACACAUAUACUGACUCUGUACAUCGAUAUCCUAGGCAUGUUAGUGUUCGGCAAUUGGUAUAACCCACAUCUAUUCGCACCACCAAGCCACACAGUACUCCUGCAUCUUACCAUGGCACUCACCCACGAUCUAGAUAUCGACCGUGCACCAGGAUUUUGCGAAAAGGUGGCUUUGAUGGCAGCCUCACAGGCGCAUGGCGUACCACAACCGGCGAAAGUCGUAACGAAUGACGAGCGACGCGCAGUGCUUGGAACAUUCUAUCUAACUUCACAAAUUCUCACAUCAUUCCGGAAAAUCGACACCCUGCAUUGGUCUCCUUGGCUUACAAAGUGUGCUGAAGCACUGACGCAAGCUAAAGAAUACAAGAGCGACAUUUUACUUGUACAAUUAGCGCAGAGUCAGCGCAUCAUGCAGGAAGCCAUGGGCACAGAAUGUGAUCAUGCACCAGUGAGUUUUUACGCCAAGUCGUUCCUCAGCGACCUCGAUAACAUCGAGCUGGCAUCUGCAAACGGGAUGUCAGCGAUAGUGCUGCGUUUGCAGCAGGCUUGUACCCGAACUGCUGUCUGGGAACGCUCAUUUGGGAACUUAGCCAGUCAUACAGUCAAAGAGACGGACCUACGACAGAGAUUAGACGGCAUGUGGCACUGCAUGGACGCUGCGAAAAGGUACACAGAUAUAUACCUGGAGCUACCCGUCGAAGAAUAUCCUCUUGUCCCUUUCGGUGUUUUUGCGCAGUUUGCGUACAUCUUCGUUGUGCUUGUCCGAGCGAGUUUGAUCGAGAUGGACGGCUGGGAUGUUAAAGCUCUGAGAUCAUUCAUCGACUUCUCGUCGCUUUUGGAAAAAGCCUCGCAACGCUACGAUGCUGUGUCGACAUCUCAUCCUGAUGGUCUGAUCCUGAACAACGAGGCGUUUGCGAAGUGGUCUGCUAAGACAAAGUGGGCGAAGUCAUUCUACGACACAAAGUUCUUGCCUGUUGAUCCGAAUACAUCGACCGUCAACCAGCCUCCGCCUGGGUGUACGACUAUUGAAGCGGACGAAACUCAGGAGUCGCGUAGAGCUUUUCCAACGCCACUACAAGUUCCAGCAGAAUUCUCAACAGAUACUUUCGCAAUUGAGGAUUCGAUGUGGCAUAGUCUCGGCAAUCCGGCAAUCUUCUUAGGAGACAUUGAUUCCGCGUUUACCGACAUACCAUGA